UCUGGGCAAGCGACUGAAGGAUAACUAACAUACGCAAUACGUAUCAUUUAUAGACAUGACCGUUUGAAUGAAGACAAUUUUAAGCCAUGAAGUCUUUUUUUUCUCGUGUGGUAACCCGUCAACGGGGUCCCUUUGUUUGUCGAGAAUGUUGGUAAAAGAAUGGGAUACCCAGUCUUAAACAUCAACCGAUGAAAUUCGUAUUUUUACCUGGACGAUAUCGCCAUUGAAGUAUUGUGUGAACCUUUUUUGUGUGUGUUGGAUAUCAUACCUGUACUAUCCCUUGCUAUGGAUAAUUCCUACCUGUGAAACAUCGAUCAACAUACCUGUAAGGUAAAGGAAGCCAGCAUGGCGAAUAAUUCGACGAUCUACUAUGACGUUUCCACGCCCUUUCCGUCUCUGCUGAACCAUACCGAGGCCGCGGGGGACAAUGGGACCCCUCCUAGCUCGGUGUGGGAUAUAUACAAACAACACUGUCCCGAAGCCACCAUGAUUGACAAAUAUCUUACCCCUUACGUUUACGUCGUCGGAUUUCCGGGAAAUAUUCUUGCGCUGGUGAUUUGGCUGCAGAAAAGAAUGCGAAAUUCGUCCGGAUAUUAUCUCGCCGCUCUCGCUAUGGCGGAUUUGGUAUUUCUCUUGUUGCAGAUAGUGUAUGAACUUAAUGAGAAAUGGGGUAUUCGAUGUUUGGAUGUCGAGUUCGUGUGUGAAUUCUAUCCCAUAAUAUUCCUGACGUCUCAAUAUCUGUCGCCGUUGUUGGUGUUAGCUUUCACAGUGGAACGAUACAUAUCCAUAUGUCAUCCGUUUUCAAGAGAGAAGUUCUGCACGACGAAAAGAGCCAAGGUAGUCAUCGUAUGUCUGUUCAUAUUUUCGUUUUUCAUCAACGGUAUUCAAGGCUAUUUUUGGCACUACGACAGUGGAGGACGCUGCAGUCUGAGGGCGGAUGUGGUAAGAAAUAACGAGGCUUCGUUCUGGUCGAUUUGGACUUGGUGCGUUGAAGCACUAGUGUUCUUUCUUGUUCCCAUUCUUAUCCUCGUCUUCAAUAUCCUCGUAAUUGCAGAGGCGAAACGACUGUCAAAGUUUGAGAAGAAUCACCUACAAUCACGAACUCACAAGAACUCGGCCACAACUGUAAUGUUGCUGGCCGUGUCUUUUUACCAAAUUUUCACCACUUUGCCUGUCACAAUCGUUGUGACUUUGUAUUAUAGUUUCCCCAUGGGGGACCCCGAAAACUUAAAUCCCCCUGAUUCUAUUUGGCAAAGACAUUUUGAUUAUGUGUAUAUCAAGACAAUUAUUGAAGAAGUCGGAUUAACUCAUUAUGCAUGUAAUUUCUACAUUUAUUGUAUAACCGGUAAAGUAUUUAGACAAGAGUUUAAGCGAAUGUGGAGGUCCCUUGUGUGCCUCAAAAUGAAAUCGGCUUUACCUAAUUGGACAACGGAAUACACGAGUCUUCGUGGUAGCUUGCGUAACAACCCCAAAAACCUGACAGUGCGCAUGUCCAAUGGUCACGCCAAUGGCCACAGUACAACGAGCACUACGAACGACGUUGAACCGCCUGUGGUUGAACCCACGGAAACAACAUUGUGAAAUACGAUGUGAUAAAGUUGUGCAUAUUUUCUGAUAUUAAUGUAAACGUUCUGAUUUUAUCCCAAUAUAUCUGCUAGCGUCAUUUGUGCUUGACGUUUGACGAAUAUAGAAUGUAUGCAUGUGACGUCAUCAUUAUGUGAUUGUGCAUGCAUGUUAACAUACUCGUGUAUGUAAAUGUGCUUCUUAUCCGCCAUAAUAUUUAAACAGAUACACAGGUGUAUUGAUAACCAAUCAUUCUGGAACGCCAAAGAAAUCUCAAUGAAUGUUUUAGAUGUAUUCUUGGAUAGACCAUUGUCAUUUGUAAAGAUAAGGAAUUGUUGCAACACAUUCCUAGGGUUUCUAGAAUGUUACUGGACUAUCUUGUAUCGCGCUAUAUAACAUUAAAGAUUAAAGUAAUAUGCCAAUAUAUGAUGUAUAUAUAUAUUUUAUAAUAAAUAAAGUUGAGAACAUAAUAAACAUAACAUCCUUUGAUUCACAAUGACUUCAUUCAGAAACAUUCACAAAAAAAUCUCAUAUUUCUACUUAUUAAAAACAAGAAAUGAACACUUUAAAAGUUUAAAUGUUCGCGAUUUUAGCGUAGUGCAAAUAAGCGCGAAAAUAUCCAUACGCAAAUAUAAAUUCAUUAAUAGAUAAAUAGACUAUUUAAAAUUUCAGAACAAUUGCCAAUGCGAAAAUUUCUGUUUGCAAUUAGUAUAAAGGAUCAUAACGCGAGAAUUUCAACCCGCGAAAUUUUUUAGCUUUACAGUAUGUAAAUGCUUUACUUAACCCUUAACCUAAUAAUAUGUCAUAAAUGGAAUCUGACGUCACUUUGCUCUGAAUGACUCCGUAAGUAAAAUUGCCAACAUGUAAAAUUUGAAAAAAACAUUCUCCUUAAAUGUAUUAAGUAGUUCAAUAUCUUUCAUCUGAUGUUGGUGAAGAAGACACCAAAGCUUCCAAAUGACCUUAAUGUGUCAAAUAUAAAGCUAGUUACAUUAAUUCACAACAUUUAUAACAAACGUAUAUCUUUAAAAAAAAAAGGGUUCGUGACGAUUGAUUUAUGGUCUUAGCUCAUACAUAAGAUAUAACAUGUAUCUAGUGUAAAACUUUGUUUCAUGUUGGUCUUUGAAUCCUAUCUUAAUCAUCGUCAGACCUCAUAUUCAUACGGACUAAAAUAUUCCAAAGCAUUUCUUUCAAUGUUUAUUUUUUCUCUUACUAUUGACAUACUGUGAAUUUGAUAGAAAAAUAUAUUCAGUUCGCUCUGUAAAAAUAUAUAUAUUGAUUUAUUAAAAGAUGACAAACCCCUUAAAAUAGCACAGAGUACUUCGAUAUUAUAAAGGUAUGAUGUGACAUUUGGUGUUUGAUAUAUUAUAAUUUCAGAUGUGACAAAAUGAGAAUUUUCCAAUUUCAUUUAGGUUUUAUUUACUACUUUAACUUUCUCACAAACUUAAUACUGCAAUGUAUAGCCUAUGUGUAUAGACAAAUGUAUUCUUGACUCAUGGAUCCUUGAUACAAUGUGCCCGUUUUUAAAUGGUGCCCACUCGACCUUUCUUAUAUUACAUUAAAACUCAGAUCUGACGACAAAGAUCAGGACCAGUAUUCAUUAAGCCGUUCUCAUGGCCAAAAUCAGAUUCUGUGCCCAAGCUCAAAUUGUUGUUCCAGUAAUGAAUUUUAUAAAAACAUUGUCAUUUGUCAAUGAUAUGGAGAAACAUUGAAAACACAUCUGACCGAAUGCCAUUCAAAUGUUUAUACUUGAAAGUUUUGUUCUUUCGCAUGCAUUUUAGCAAGAUACAAGAAAGUUGAUUUGAGCACAGAAUCCUUGUGUAAGCAUGAGAAUAGUUUCAUGAAUGCGGGUCAAUGUUGUGAUCAUCUGAGUCAUGAUGUUGGCUCCACUUUUUGGACCAUUCUGUGUGUUGAAGGUAUAGAUAUGUGUUCCAUACUUAUGUUGUGACAAUUUUGGGACAUAAAUCACAAAGCCAAUCUCAUCCUACGAAACCCUUCUAGUGCCAAAAGAAUAUAUAAAAUCUAAACAGAAAACGUGUUAUUGAGCAAUGCUAGUUUUGAUUCAACCUACGAUUAUAUGACAUUUAUAUCGCUGUAUCCAAAAGACAGAAAUACUCUGAAUUAUUUCUUUUUUCCCGAAUCCCUUUUUGUUUCAUAUUUUGCUUUGUUUUAUUACACAUGUAUUACGAGUAGGUAACCUGCAUAUUAAAAGAUGAUUUUUGAGAAUAUUGACUUGUUACUCAGUUAUCAUGUAAACUCCAUUUCAUCAAAAAAGGACAGACGGAUGUACAAGUAAUUGCUUAUUGUGAUUUUGCAAGAAACGAUGCCCUGCUCAUGUCUUUUAUUGUUUUGGUUGAACCAUUGUCUUUUUAAUUGAUAGUAAUUCAAAUUCAUCAUUGUGUUUGCAUAAAAUGAAUGAAGACCUGGCUGUUUCAGAUUCAUUAAACUUAUGACGUAUUAAAAGGAAAAUCAACUAUUUGAGGAUCUUUUCCCACUGCAGGCAAACCAUUAUAUAACUCCACUGUAGAUUUCUACACAUACAGUGUCUUCUCCUAAAAUACGUUUUGGCUAUAACUAUAACUAUAACACGAGUUGGCAACAAUACCUAAUUGACCAGGAACAUUUCGGCAGGAGUCGCGCUAUGAUUAUAAGAGGUCCAUAGUUCGAAUCAGGGCCUGGUCCUGUUGUAAUCCGUCACUCAGACUUCUGUUGUUGAUUCUGUUUUUGUUUAUUUUAUCAUUAAUGCUACUACAUAAGAGUCCCUCCCACAAGGUAAUUUGUUUUCGAAAGAGGUUUAUAAAAGCUUUCGUUAUGCCACAUCACGUUUUCAUUGAAUCCAAAGCUACAGUUUUCGGCAGUUGUACGGGAUCCUGAAGCUCUCAUUAGAAAACAAAUUGUGAUGCAGCUAUCUACUCAUGUCAUACAGCUGAUGAACCAUGAUAUCAUUUGCCGGUCCUUUGAUCACAACUUAUCGGGUAGCAGUGCACAUUUUUUGAGGUAUUUCAAUUUUGUUAUAUAUCAACAUGUCUAUGACAUCAAUUUGACAAUAACUGAAUAAAUCGGCAACGAAGAUAAUCCGUUUAAUGUUAGUAAUUGGCGUUUAAACACAGCAGAUGUAAUUUCGGAAAUAUUUUCAGCGAUCUAAAUUUUAAUGUUCAGUAUUUAAUUAAGUAAGAGUAUACUCUACAAUGCUACAAACAAGUUAUAACGAUUUGUAAGUGCCCUUUGUCUGAUUCAGUGUAAGUAUAAUUAACCUCGAUAUGUUUGACACAAACUAUUCUACAAACUGAUAAAUCAUAUAAGGGGGAGACAACUCAUAAUUCCAUCACCAUUAUGUUUAUCUUCAACAUAUCGUUAUACUUUUAGCAUAGUUGAGUUCAUAGGUCCGUCUCUCACAGGUAGCUAUAACAGAACGCAUAUUUUACAUUCAGAAGUAGAUAACAUGCUCAUAACAGGAUUUAAAUUGUCUGUAUCAAUAUAUCCCUAAUAUCUACCUAAUAUCACACUUUAUUUACAGCAAUUACUGUAAAGCGUAUUUAAUUUGCUGUAUUAACUGGGUCUUUAUCAAUUAUAAUAGCAAGUCAUAAGUAAAUUUGAAAUACCUCAAAUGUGCGUUUAUUUUACAGCAGUCGACACAUUAGAUAAAAGCAUAGUAUUUGUCAAGACAUUUUUUCCUGAAAAGUAGACAUAUUAGCAAUGGAAAAACCAAACUGGGUGACUUGUGAAACUAACUCAUGAAUUGUAAUUUAUUCAUAUUUUGCAAAUUUCUAUUUGUGUUUGAAGAUAAUUGAAUGCAAAUUCAAAUAUUUUUUAAAUAAUAUAUGUCGUCUGAGACAAAAUGGCGGAAGUAGUUAUUUACGACAGUUAAGAGGUUGAUAGAAUUUUGCGAUAGAUUGUUGUGCUUUUCUGUGAUUGCGUGAAUUUCACGUCCCUUGUAUCGAUAAAUUGGGUAAUCUGAUAACAAUAUCAUAUUGUCAAUACGAUAGAGGAGUUUUUUAAAAGACUAUUUUUAGAAAUGAGUUGUUUAUGAGCCUCUCUUUGGUUUCAGAUUUUAGUACUUACCGUUUUAUCAAAUAUCUGUAAUUGGGUUUAUAAAAAAACCCACCUCAUCCGUUUAUUGAACUUAUUCCAGCACGGUAAACAUUAAGUAUUAAUUUAAGAAUAAACUAUCCGUUUUAGUGAGAUGUUGUAAAUUUCCGACGUUAAAAAAUGUGUUUCUCUUUUGCCUGUGCUCGACAUAAGUUUUGGAAAACAUUGAUGAGUUCCAAAUGGAUGGGGCAGUACAUUUUUGGCUUAGUUUGGCUUGCUGCACCGAAAUGUUGAAUGUGUAUAUAGGUGCUUCCUUUGAUCUAUUUCGAGUGAUUUCUUUUGUUUUAUUUUUUCGCGAAAAUUGAUUUGCAAUUGUGAUAUUGUCAUGUCAGUAACAAAAUAUGUAAAUACUGCCCUACGAAAAUAUUAAUGUCGCAAAGGUGUACUUGAUUUACAGUAACUAACAAGUGAUUUGUAUAUAUUGCAACGCUCUGUAAAUGCACAUUAAUUUAUUAUGAUAUUGAGUUUAUUAUUAAUAACUCGAUAUGAAGAGUUUUCCUCGCCUUAUAUACGUUGAGGAAAUUUGAUAACAUAAAUAAUGUCAUUCAUCCAAUUAUUAUUCUUAAAUGUUUAUGCAUUUGUUCAUCAGUUACACACUAUAUAAAAAAACUAUUACUUUUUGUGAGUAUGAUUUUGUUGUUGUUGAUAUCUUAUCUACAUAACAAAUAAGUUUUUCGAUUUGUGUUAUAAAAAAACUUUUAAACCUGGUUUGAGAUUUUGAUAAUAUUCAAAACCUCGACCUUAAUAUUACAUCAAGAUUUAAAUGUAGACAUCGAAUUGGUAAUUUUCACCCCAUACAGUUUCUUAAACUACUUGGGUAUGAAAUACAAUAAGUAAACUGACCUUUUCGUGUCGUUGGUAAAUAGAAAUCGGAGAUUGUUGACUAACCCCUAAUAAAAAGGACUGGAAUAUCCAAUUAAUGAAUUAGUUAAUUUAAUUUGACACCAACUUCCAUUAAAAUACCAGUCAGGAACUUCUCAGCGCUCGAUAUAAGAUACACGAAACGAUAUGAUCACAGUCAUGUUAGCAGCCCUUCACGUACAAAUCUGUUCCCUGUAACUUUAAGGAAUCCUAUAGGUGUCUUUCGGAAAUCCUAAUAUCACCUAAAUUAAAUGUACUCAUAACCCAGUUUCACGACCGUUCUUUCUGUUACAUGUAGAAACAUCUUAGCAUUGCUCCAUUGAAACUCAUUGCAAUGAGUUGAGGACAUAAUCUUAAAAACAGUUUUUUCGCUUACUUCUAUUUUCAAAAGGAAAAAAAUUAUCGAGAUUUUUCCUGAAGCAAAGACCAUUUAAGAACUUAAUUAAAGUCUCAUGUUACAAAAACAUUAAGAAAAUUUAACUAUUGCAUCAGCAACAUUCGUCGUUGCACUAUUAUACUGUCGCCUAGGGGAUGACGGUAAUACAUUAUAGAUCUAGUAUGCAUUACAUAAGGAGGUCUUAUUCAAUUUCGAAAGACUCUGGUAAAGAAGUUAAGAGCCUCCUUGAUAAAACUCCUUUAUUUUUUUCCAUUUUGAAAUACACACAUGAAAAAUUAGUCUUGUAUUUAAAAUCACGUUAACGUUUACUUCACACAGACCAAGAAUUUUAAUGGUCGUCUUCGAGGGCUGUUAACGUUUAAUGUUAACUUUAAACAAAAUUUACUUUAGAGCAAGAAGACUCUAGAUCUGUUGCCUGCUGUUCAAAAUGAACUCCAAUCUCUAAAUCAAACAUACAUUUUCACCUCAUUCACAACACAUAGCUCCUCCAAACUCAUGAAUGUUAUGACCCCCUCCCCCUAACUACCACCAGGUACACUCAUGAAACCUCUUUAAUUUGCAACUGCACAACCAUAUCUCCAACCGCAAGAGUUCCUUUAGCUUAAAGACACGCAUCAGUGUCAAAAACAUAUUUGUGUAAAAUGCUGGUUUAAGGUUUUGAAAAAAGGGAGUAAACCAAACCUAAAAUAACAUGUUUUUUGUUUUCUGUGUUUAAAGUAACAAACCUACUAACACUGUGAUGCAUGUGCAUAAUUAAACGGUCUAUGUAAUGGUGAAUUAGGAUACAAGAGCGAGACGUUAUAUUUUCAUAUGCAACAUUGACGAAGAGGAUUCAAUUUGCAAGUGUGCGUAGCCAGACUUACAUUUUCUUUUACUCAUAAUAAUGAAAAUAUUAAUAAAUUUGAUGCAUAAUUUCCAAAUGAUGUUUUUUAAUCAUAAGUGGUUGUUAUAUUUAGAUUUAAAUCUAAAGUCUAAAGAGAAAACGUAAAAUUGAUCAGUGAAUUUUGUAUAUUGUGUUUUUAAGUAAGUUCUCAUUAUCGUCACGUUUUUAAGACCCCUAGAUGACUUACAUAGUCGUGAAUAGUCGAUCUUAAUUUUCACGUUCAUUUUUUAAAUGCGUGUCUUUAUUGCUCUGCAUUAUCUGUUAAAUUUUCAGUUAUGUACAGAAAUUAACUAUCUAAUGUGAAAAUCUUUGUCUGGUUCCACGUGUUGAUUGUAAAUCGAUUCCUCUUUCAAUUAUUUUCAUUAAGGACAAUCUGUUAGUCGAUCAUUUUCUCGUAUUUGUUCAGUAUUACCGUAUGCAUAUUUUGUAAAUGAUGUGUGCGCUUUUGUAAACAAGUCCAUUCUUUUUACGACUCCAUUGCGAGAUACACCGUUAUUGACGCUGUCUUAUAUUAAAACAUAGUUUACUCUUUG